AUGAACCCUCUCGCACUGUUGGUUAUAAUUACCUACUUGUUCUUCCCCGUCUUUUCCGAUAAACCGCGCGUAGAAUCCCUCAGAAUAGGAGUGACUAGACGUAUUCCUGAGGAAGACUGUAUGAGAAGGGCCAACGUAGAUGACAAUUUAGGCAUUCAUUAUACCGGACUCCUGUACCAGACUGGUGUAAAAUUCGACUCGAGCCGAGAUAGAGGCCAAACACUUGACUUCAAAUUAGGUGCUGGCCAACUCAUUAAAGGCAUGGACCAAGGAAUUAGAGGAAUGUGUGUCGGGGAGACCAGGCGCAUUACUAUUCCUGCUCAUCUUGGCUACGGUAAGGAGGGCUCCCCCCCUGUAAUACCAGAAGACGCAGAUCUUAUUUUCGAAGUCGAACUGGUAUCUAUAAAUGACCAAAAGAACGAGCUCUAA